AGUUCCCAGUGAGUGUCAACAUUCCCUCAAUUCUUCAACUUUUACCUCUGUCUCGUACUGUCUCGUUCGAAUUUGCUCAUUGCUCCGUGACGGAUUCAAAUUGUUGUUUUUCUUCGCGACAAACAAGAAAGACUCUGGAAUUGUAUCGUUUUCGAAUUUUUAAAAUUUGGAAUUUUUGAUCGCCUGUCGAUCAACCCCCGUCUACAAUCACGUCGGACCAACGAAGAUUCGCGAAUCCGAACUUCUCGCAUCCUAGCUCGAGUAGUUCAAGGGAAAAUAGGAAACGAAGUGGAUCAGCCAGCGGAAUGUCACUAGCAGAUCAUAUUGAUGCAAUCAAAAAAGAAAUGACAAGUCUAUCGAGCCAAUUCAACUCGAAUAAAUCAGAACUUGAACGAUCAAAACAGGAUUUAUCAUCAAUGCAACUACAAAUGCAACAACAAAUGAACGAUUCAGUACAGCAGGACCUCCAGAAAGCUCAUGAUACAUCGAAGAAAUUAGAUAAUCUUGCAAGGACGUUUCUUGCAUUAAUUACUGAUCCAUCGCAACAAUCACAAUUAUUAGCGGAAUUUGAAUCAAUUUCCAAGAACGGAACACCUCAAAUGCCAGUGAUGACACCUCCAAUGAUGAAUGCAGUUGCUGCAAUGCAACCACAUAUGAUGAUGAGGAAUCCAAUGCUGAAUGCAAUGGGUGGAGCAUCACCACGUGUUUCUGGAAAAGGUGGAGCUCCACAAAACGGUGGAAUGAAUGGGAUGUCGAUGAUGCAGCACAUGCAAAUGCAAGCAUUCCAGGCACAAAUGAUGCAAGCUCAAAUGUUUCAGCAGAUGCCGAUGAUGAUGCCAGGGAUGGUUCCUGGAAUGCCACCGGGAAUGGCUGGAUUGCCUGGAAUGAUGCCACCGAAUAAUAUGGCAGCUGCAAUGCAACAUUUUAAUGCGCAAAUGGCCGCCGCUGCAUCGGUAGCAGUUUCUACACCAUCAAGGAAUCCAUCAACAUCUGGAGCCGCUUCUCGAACACGAACUCCAUUAACCACAUCAGCCACGAAUUCACCUCGACCCACCACAGAACCAACGAUUAAAGAAGAAGAACCACAGACAAUGGAACAUGAUGUAGCUGCUGCUGUGGCCGCAACUACUGCUACUGCAACAAUCAAACAAGAAGAAAAUUCGACAGUGGCGGUUGCUUGAUCCUGUACCGACAUAUUUUAGUAUUAUCGAUUGUGAUAUCUAUCGAUAUAUAGUGUAAUCUCUCAUCCUCUCAAAAUCCUCCUUUUUCGGUGGCGGCUGACCUCUGGAUCCAUUUUUUCUUUUUUGAAAAAUAUUGUUUUUAUGUUUGGCCUUUUCGCAUUCUAAUACAGGUCCAACUUUCCGUUUUAAAUAUUCGUUGUUUCUUUUUUUUUCAAUCGCCGUCCAUUUUAAAAUGAAAUUCUCAUAAUGUUCUCUGCUGCGUCGGACUUUUUUGUCGAUCUCUUUGUUAUUCCAGCCCAUCAGUUUCAUCAUUUUUAUUCUUCAAAAAUUUGAGAAAUCUUUCAGUUUCUUGUUCCCCCCAAUCCUCCCCAUUCGCUUUUUUUUGCAUCCCGCAGCGGGUAUCUCGUUUUGAUUAAUAGAAGAGUAAUUUCCCAAUCACAAAACCAUCACCAGGAAUGUUUCAAAUUUUCCAGUAUUUAUCUAUCAAUUCGUCACCUCACUUGUCUCGCAUUUUCUCGUUGUUUCCGUGCUUCUUGUGAAUAUGAUAUUUGAUACAAAAUUCUCAUUUCGGUUUUCUCCAGUGUUGCUCUUCUCAAUUGUUCUUUAUGAAUCGCGUGAUAACGCUCAUAAAACAGAUUUGGCUGUUUA